CUCUGGAGAUUCACCUUCCAGCCGAGUUCUACACCAAAGUCUCCGAGUGCGGCUCAGGCACAGGGCAGUGCAAUUACAGUGCUGGAUGGAGAUGAUGAUGAGAGUAGCUUUGGGGAUAGAGACAGAUGGGCCCUCAUCCUCCCUUCCGCUCUCUGCCGGUCUGACCUCCACGUCCCCUGUGAAUGCAUGAUACCUGUGAACGCUCUGAUUAUGGCCCCGCCAGGCUGCUCAGGCCUGCAACCCCUCACUGUGCAGGUUUACACCAGAUAUGGGAAAUGCUACACUUUUAAUGGUAACAAGACCACAUCCAGGAAAACCAAGCAGGGCGGAAUGGGAAAUGGGCUGGAGAUCAUGUUGGAUAUCCAGCAGGAUGAGUAUCUGCCCAUCUGGAGAGAGACAAAUGAGACGUCCCUGGAGGCCGGUAUCCGAGUUCAGAUCCACAGCCAGGACGAGCCUCCCUACAUCCACCAGCUGGGCUUUGGUGUCUCUCCGGGCUUCCAGACCUUUGUUUCAUGUCAGGAGCAGAGGCUGACCUACCUGCCCCAGCCCUGGGGGAACUGCCGCUCCACCAGCAAAGAGAAGUUCCCAGGAUACGACACAUACAGCAUCAGUGCCUGUCGCUUGCUCUGCGAGACCAACGAGGUCCUGCGAAUGUGCAACUGUAGGAUGGUGCACAUGCCUGGAACUGCAGAUAUCUGCCCUCCCAGUAAAAUCAACUGUGUUGACAAAGCGCUCGCACAGCAACAGAAGAACGGUGGGGAUACCUGUCCAUGCGAGACGCCCUGUAAUCUCACCCGCUACGGUAAAGAGCUCUCCAUGGUCAAAAUCCCCAGUAAGGGCUCUGCUCGCUAUCUCUCCAGGAAAUACGACAAGUCAGAGGACUACAUCAGAGACAACUUCUUGGUCUUAGAUAUCUUCUUUGAGGCUCUGAACUAUGAAACAAUUGAGCAAAAGAAAGCCUAUGAUGUUGCAGGUUUGUUAGGUGACAUCGGUGGACAGAUGGGCUUAUUCAUCGGAGCCAGUAUCCUGACAAUCUUAGAAAUACUGGAUUAUAUCUAUGAGGUGAUCAAGAACCGGCUACAACGUCUGCUGAGGCCGCAGAAAGAGGAGAGGAAGAACAAGCCGCAGACCAGUACUGUCGCAACAGUGGGUCUCGAGGAAAUAAAAACAAAGGAACCCAAUGACAUGACACGGAGUCACCCAGAGGGGGCAUACGCCAACACGAUCCUCCCCAACCACCACCACCCCCACCCUCACCACCAUCACGCCGGGCACCACGGCGUGUUUGAGGACUUCGCUUGCUAGAGCCAACCAGGUCCUGGUGACAGCGAAAGAUAAGAGCUGUCUGUGUUGAGAUCAAUAACAGACCGCCGGCAUUUCCGUCGGUUCUUUGCUGUCACCAGUGAAAAGCUACAGCCAAAGUCGAACACCAAACUUGUGCUGCUAACAAAAGCACUUGUACGUACAGUAUGUAGGCACAAAAAUCGGACACCGCUUUUACUGUUUUGUUUUUCUCUCUGGAUGGGACCCCUCUCAGCUUUGUCGAGCUUCACGUGAGAAGUCAGGCACUUUGUGAUUUCAGGACCAAUUUCUGGUACAAGAUCACUAUAAGGGAACAAGAGGAGGACUGCAUGUCACCUUGAUUCAAUUUACACUCCAGAAAAAAUAGGAAAAAUAUAAUUUACUUAUUCAGCUAGCAUCUGAUUCUUUCUGUCUGUAUCCCUCCAUUUAUCUCUUGUCAAACUGCUCCUCCUACUUCAUGGAAAACACACUGUACCAUAUCAAGGCAUUAAGCAUUAUGAAUUAUGUAAUUAUUUAAGGAGAUAAUAUUAUCUAUAUGUUCUAUAUUGUAUACAAGAUGAGAAUACUUAAGUAAGCGAGGCUUACACGUGUUACAUCCAUCCAAAACAUGAGGGGAAUUAUUUAGGCUGAACUGUGUGACCUUGGCUUAGAAGAUCCAGCAGCAUCUUUCCACAUGAUACACUUUUGUCUGGUUUGUGGUUAAGGUGUUAGACAGUAGCACUGUAAUCGUCCUUCGAAUCCAACUUUAAAAAUGAGAAAGUUCUGAAGUUCUGUUUUUCGAUGGGUGUCGUUUCUAAUUCAGUUAAUAUAUAUGUAAUAUUAUUUUUAAUUAUUUAUACAAUUGAGAAAAAGGACUUUUAUAUGACAGUAUUGAUCACGAUUGUAGCAAUUUACUGUACACUAAAAAUCUGCAGAUAUGUCAGACUGCCGAACGUCAAUACAUUUGUCCAGGUAACAGAAAUUGAUUGUGACUAUUAUCUCCAUCAUUUCCUUUUACACGUCCUGCUCCUUCCAAGAUGGCACACAAAUCUUCUCUGGUUAGCAUCAUAACUUUAGGCUGACGUCAGCGAUAACAAACUGAAUUUUUAUUUUCUAUCAAGUCAUCUCCUUCAGCUCGUGGGCCAUUAUCACUGUAAAUGUGCAGCAGCUACUUACAGUGUAGACCUGGCAUCAGCCUGCGUGUGUG